AACGGGCUGACAGAGGAAACGGGCAGGGGAGUGUGGAAAGUUAGUAAAGGUAUAGAGCAAGCUGUCGGGCGAGACAGUGGGAAGGGAAGGGAAAGGAAAGAAAAGAAAAGGACUGGGCUGACCGAAGCAGCGGCCAAAGCUGUCCACUGGGAUUACAAGCACGCGCCGAAGUGUGGCUGUGUUCAAACGAGAGGCGGAAUUUAUAAAUAUAUAUAUACCCACGCACAUCCAAAGCAGCGUCGAAGUCCAGCUGCUGUCAUUCAUUCGCGAGGAAGUUUGUCCUGCGCUGGAGGAGCUCAAACAGGAUGUACUACGAGGAGAGCUCCAGUUUGGUGCGACCGCGCUAUGGAUCAAUUGUGGAUGAUGAGCGGCUUUCUGCAGAGGAAAUGGAUGAAAGGAGAAGACAGAACAUUGCUUAUGAGUAUCUUUGUCAUCUAGAGGAAGCCAAAAGAUGGAUGGAAGCUUGCUUAAAUGAGGAGUUGCCUCCUACUACGGAACUAGAGGAAGGUUUGCGGAAUGGUGUUUUCCUUGGGAAACUUGCCAUGUUUUUUGCACCAAAAAUGGUUUUGGAGAAGAAGAUAUAUGAUAAAGACCAGACAAGAUACAAGAGGUCGGGACUACAUUUUCGACACACAGAUAACACUGUUCAGUGGCUGAGAGCAAUGGAGUCUAUUGGACUGCCUAAGAUUUUUUAUCCUGAGACAACAGAUGUAUAUGAUCGGAAAAAUAUACCUCGAGUCAUCUACUGCAUACAUGCACUAAGUUUAUAUCUUUACAAGUUGGGAAUUGCACCACAAAUUCAAGACUUAUUAGGAAAAGUAGAUUUUACAGAAGAAGAAAUUAGCAACAUGACAAAAGAGUUGGAAAAGUAUGGAAUACAGAUGCCAGCUUUCAGCAAGAUUGGGGGGAUCUUGGCCAAUGAAUUGUCAGUGGAUGAAGCUGCAUUACAUGCAGCAGUGAUUGUUAUCAACGAAGCAAUAGAUAAAGGAACCCCAGAUCAGACUCUUUCUGCUUUGAAAAACCCAAAUGCUCUGCUGAAAAACAUACAAGAUAACCUGGCUCAAGAAUAUCAGUCUGAGCUCAGCCAAACCAAAAAUUCAAAAGUACAGAAUAGCAAGUCUAAGAAUUUUACAGUUUCUUCAGAUGAGAGAGAUGUAUAUGAAGAACUUCUUACACAGUCAGAAAUUCAAACUACACUAAACUCUGUCAAUAUGUUCAUAGCAGUGGAGUUUGUGAAUAAUGCUGUCAAUAGACAUGAUGAAGCUGCCCUUAUUGAAGGCCUAAAGAUUCCUGCACUGGACCUUAUGGAGAUACAGGAUUGUAACUCUGCAUGGUACUUGGAACAAUUUUCCUCAUACAAAGAUUUGAAACAGCAGGAUGCAAACGCUUCUCAUCACCUUGAUAAGGAUGAGAUGCAGAAAAUUAUUACCACUUGCAAUGACAUUGUGGAAGCACAUAAACGUAAAUUAGAAGCUGUCACAAGAAUAAAUGUAGCAAUUCAUAAUGGAGAUGCUUCUCAAACAGUAACAGAGCUGAUGAAUCCCGAUGCCCAGCUACCUGUCAUUUAUGAGUCUGUAGCUGACUUGUAUCAAUCAGAACUUUUCAAUCUGCAGAAACAGAGCCCAGAGGAGGAGCUUGCACAUGAAGAGCUAACUGUAGCUGUUGAAAUGCUCUCAGCAGUAGCUGUUCUUAAUCAGAUUUUAGACAAUAAGGAUUCUCGCAGGGCUAUGGAACAAUUGAGCGAACCAUCUAUGGGAUUCAAUAAUGUUGAUGAAGACCAUCUCCAGAGAUAUGCUGAUCUACUGAUUUUACUGAAGACUGAAGCAGCUUUUCAGGGACAAGACUUUCUGACUUGGAAUGAUGUGCAAAAAUGCAUUGAUGAUGUUAACAAUCGGGUCCAGGAAGAACAGGAAAGAAUAAUAGCAAUUGGUCUCAUCAAUGAUGCUCUUAGUGAAAAUGACCCUAAGAAGACUUUGGAAGCAUUACUUCUACCUACGGCCAAAUUACAGGGAGUGAAACCAACCACAGCCAGGCACUACCAGUCUCUACUGCAACAAACUAAAGUUAGAAAAUGCAAGGAACUUGGGGAUGAAACAGCUGUGCUUUGGUUAGAUGAAAUACAAGAUGGAAUUUAUUUAGCUAACAAGAAUGAGAAUCAAGCCUUGAAAUUGGCUGCUGCAAUAGCAAGAAUAAAUGUUAUCAUUGACACACAAGACUCCCAUGAAACACUCAAUGCAUUACAGGACUCUGAUGCAAGACUGAGGGGGGUUGUUGUGGAAUGUGCUGAUGUAUAUUUCAAACACCUUUCAGAAAAAAAAAGAGACAAGUCCAGAGAAGGAUUACAUCAAAGCAAAUGGGUGAAACACAAAAUUAAUGAUAAAUUCUUUUAUUAUUAUAAUUUGGAAAAUGGUAAUGGAACUUGGGACAUGCCAGAGGGUGUUAUACUAGAUGAAUCUCAGCUAAACAAGGAAGAAAUACAGAAUAUCAUUGGAAGAAUAACAGCAGAUUACAAUCAAGAGCAACUUUGGCUGUCGCGUGAGAAUCUAAUUGUUCAGCUUCAAGCUCAUAGUCGUGGCUAUCUUACAAGAAAGCAUUACAGGGAAAGAUGUCAGUUCUUAAAGCAACAAGAGCCUUUUGCUGUCAGGCUGCAGGCUUCCUGGAAAGGUUAUAAACAGCGGAAAACCUAUACAGAGAGGCUUAAAUUACUGCAAGAUAACACAGCAGCUAUAGUUAAGAUUCAAGCGUGGCUGAAAAUGUGGAGAGCGAGAAGAAAAUAUCGUCAAAGGUUGCAGUAUUUUAAAGAGCAUGAAAAAGAAAUUAUCAAAAUGCAAGCCUUUUUAAGAGCAAAUAAAGCCCGUGUUGACUACAGAACAUUGACUGGAGCAGAGAAUCCACCUUUAAAUGUUGUGCGCAAGUUUGUUCACCUUUUAGACCAGAGUGAUUUGGAUUUUCAGGAAGAAUUGAAUGUCACAAGAUUACGGGAAGAGGUAGUCACUAAAAUAAGGUCCAAUCAGCAGCUAGAAAAGGAUCUCAACUUAAUGGACAUAAAAAUUGGCUUGCUGGUGAAAAACAGAAUCACUCUUCAAGAUGUAGUUUCACAUAGCAAGAAACUGAACAAGAAAAGUAAAGGUCAAAUGGAGGAGAUAGUUACUGGUGAUAAGCAGGGAAUAAAGGGUUUAAGCAAGGAAAAAAGGAAAAAGCUAGAAGCAUAUCAGCAUUUCUUUUACUUGCUUCAGACUAACCCCGCAUACUUGGCAAAACUAAUCUUCCAGAUGCCCCAGAAUAAGUCAACUAAAUUUAUGGACACAGUAGUUUUUACUUUGUACAAUUAUGCUUCAAACCAAAGAGAGGAAUAUCUUCUUCUAAAACUCUUCAAAACUGCGUUGGAAGAGGAAAUAAAAUCAAAAGUGGACCAAGUUCAAGAUAUUGUGACAGGAAACCCGACUGUUAUAAAAAUGGUGGUUAGUUUUAACCGUGGUGCUCGUGGACAAAAUGCAUUGAGGCAACUGCUGGCUCCAGUGGUAAAAGAGAUUAUUGAAGAUAAGUCUUUAAGCAUCAACACCAACCCAAUCGAUGUGUAUAAGGCAUGGGUGAAUCAAUUGGAAACAACUACAGGUGAAGCAAGUAAAUUGCCUUAUGAUGUGACAACUGAGCAAGCUUUAUCCUAUGAAGAGGUACGGACCAAAUUAGAAGCAUCAAAUCGGAACUUGCGUGGAGCCACAGAUAAAGUUUUAAAUUCCAUCAUUUCAUCAUUGGAUAACAUUCCUUAUGGCAUGAGGUACAUUGCCAAAGUUCUGCAAAAUUCUCUGCACGAAAAAUUCCCAGAUUCCACAGAGGAUGAGCUUUUGAAGAUUGUUGGAAACUUGCUGUACUAUCGUUACAUGAACCCUGCCAUUGUGGCACCUGAUGGCUUUGAUAUCAUUGACAUGAGUGCUGGAGGACAACUGCAUUCAGAUCAAAGGAGAAACUUGGGCUCUGUGGCGAAAGUCCUACAGCAUGCUGCUUCUAACAAGUUGUUUGAAGGAGAAAACGCACACAUGACAUCUAUGAACAGCUACAUAUGCCAAACCUAUCAGAAGUUCAGAAACUUUUUCCAGCUAGCUUGUGAUGUACCUGAACCUGAAGAGAAAUUCAAUGUUGAUGAAUAUUCUGAUAUGGUAACCCUAAGCAAACCUGUCAUUUAUAUUUCCAUUGAAGAAAUAAUCAAUACACAUUCGUUGGUAUUGGAGCACCAAGAUGCAAUUUCUCCUGAUCAUAAUGAUGUUCUUCAUGAAAUCUUGCAAGGGCUGGGGGAUGUUCCUGAUGUUGAAUCCUUACUAGGAGAAGGAGCCAUUGAUCCAAAUGAUCCCAACAAGGACACCACAUUAAACCAGCUUGCUAAAACAGAAAUCUCUCUCACUCUUACCAGUAAGUUCGAGUUGCAUGAUGGUGAUGACCAAAACAUGAAGAGUCUUAUGAUCAAAACCAAGAGGCUAGUUGUGGAUGUUAUUCGAGCUCAACCUGGGGAAACACUGAUUGAGAUCCUGGAAACUCCAGCCUCAAAAUUACAGGAAGCUGAGCAUUCAAUGGUACUUGAAAAACGUGCCAUUCUUGAUGCUAAAACUCCUGAUAAGAUGAAAUGUAGUCAGUCCGUUCUUGAUGAUGGACAGCUGCCAUUAGAACAGAAGAAAAGAAAGAUUCUGAGAAAUCUGAGGACAUUAGAGCAGGCUGGCCUGGUAUCUUCUACAAAUAAAUAUCAGGAAAUAAUAAAUGAUAUUUCAAAGGACAUACGUAAUCAAAGGAGGUAUCGGCAAAGAAGAAAAGCUGAAUGUGUGAAACUUCAACAGACACUAAGUGCUCUUAACUCGAAGAUGGAAUUUUAUGAAGAACAAAUUAAUUAUUAUGAUACAUACAUCAAAACCUGCCUUGAUAAUCUUAAUAGAAAAAAUUCCAGGAGGUCAAUAAGGGUUGAUGGAAAAGGGGAAGACAAGGGAAAUAAAAAAACUAAGCAGACAUCGUUGAAGUACACAGGUGCAAGACUUCAUGAAAAAGGAGUUAUUUUGGAAAUUGAAGGUCUACAAGCCAGCCAAUUUAAGAAUGUAAUGUUUGAAAUUUCACCAAGCCAGGAAGUUGGAAAUUAUGAAGUGAAAGCAAAAUUCAUGGGAGUUGAGAUGGAGAAAGUUCAGGUGCACUUCCAGGACCUUCUUCAGCUCCAAUAUGAGGGAGUAGCUGUGAUGAAGAUGUUUGACAAAGCCAAAGUGAAUGUCAACUUGUUAAUUUUUCUUAUUAACAAAAAAUUCCAUGGGAAAUAAUUUAAAAGACUUGUAGAAGGAAACUAAAUGUUCAAAGUUUACAUUUGAAAAAAUACUUGUAUGAUUUUUAAUUUUUUUAUAUUUCAGUUUAAUUUAGCAAUGUAUAAAUACUGAUUAGAAGAUGAAAAAUUAUAAACAUAAGUGCCUUUGAAUCUUCUAUAUUGUCUAAGAAAAAAUAUUUAUAUGAACUGUUUACUAUUAAUUAAAAUAAUUGUUAUAUAAAAGUUGAUUUAUUUGUGAAAAAGAACAGCAUAAAUUCUUUUCAAACCCUAGUAAAGUCAUGAGAAACUUUUUUAAGUAAUUAUUAGCCUAUAAUAAAAAAAAUCGGCAUUAUCCUUCAUUAUUGUUGCUUUUGGGUGUUUUUGUACACGGGCUGAUUUGUAAAAAAAAAAUAUUUGAAAACAAUUCAGUUUUUGUAGAGAAAUUGUCAUUUUCCUUUAUUUUGUAAAAAGAUUUAGUCAACCAUUUCUUACUUUAAAAUUUAUUUCUGCUUGUUUGUCAAUGUAAGAAUAAUUUUGUUCUGUUGUAAAUUUUGAAAUAUAUCUGUUGUUCUAUUUAA